AUGGGAAUUACUGGUCUUUUACCGUUUGUGAAGAAUGCCUGUCGAAAAGGAAAUAUUCUAGAAUUGCGCGGAAAAUCCGUCGCCAUCGACGUGAGUUGUCUUCUACAUCGUGGAUUGACUGGAUGUAUGGAUAAGAUUCAUAUGGGUGAAGAGACGAAAAGUUAUAUUAAUUAUGUCGAUAAAUAUGUGAAAGAGCUGUUGGCGAUGGGAUGCCACGUGGUUAUGGUGUUCGAUGGGAGACCGUUGCCGGCGAAAAAGGGCACAAACGACGAUCGUCGUGAGCAACGAGAGAAACGAAAAGAGCAAGCGGAGAUGCUUCUAGCAAAAGGAAAAGAGCGUGAAGCACGUGAUACAUAUCGUCUCGCGACGAGUAUUUCCACUGAAAUCGUCCAGAAAACUAUCGAAUUCUUCCGAAAACUCCCGAAUGUCGAUAUCGUCGUCGCACCGUAUGAAGCGGAUGCUCAGUUGGCGUAUUUGAUGGAAUCGAAACUAGUGGACGCUGUAAUUACAGAAGAUUCGGAUCUAAUUGUAUUCGGUUGUGAGAUGAUUUACUUCAAAUGGCAAUCGGCAACGGGAGAGUGUAGUGUUUAUCAAAAGUGCAAUUUGAAGAAGUGCUGCACCGGAGAGUUGGGAGGAGACAAAUUCGAUUUUUCGAAAUUUCGAAGGAUUUGUAUUCUGUCUGGAUGUGAUUAUUUGCAGAAUCCUGAACUCAUAUUCAAAGUUAAGCAGACUAAAUUCCGAGAUUCAAAAAAAAAGAAAGUAUUAGAACUUUCAGUUCUAAAUCCGGGAACUGAAUUCAUAAUGUUGAUCUCCAUAAUUGAGAUCUAUCGUCCAGGAUCCGUAAAUUUAUAUCAUAUCUAG